AUGAAUACGCCUGCUGCACAGGGUCGUCCACGACAGAUCAGUAACAAUAGCCAACCAGGAGAGAGAGAAACAGCUCGGAUUGGUCUAGAACGCCGGAGGCCUGCAUCCCUGCUGGUGGGUGGUUCGACGCUCCAGUUUGAAAACCGCAUGGGGGUGGUGCACCUUGGCUCCUCUCAAUCGCUCAUUGGAUGUGACGAGCCGGUGCUGCUCCUGGUUGGUGGACCCGCAGAAUGGGACCUCCUAGCGCCCGUCUGCUUUGGAUCUUGA